AUGCUUGCGCCCUCACUCCCUAGGGACGUGGUGGACGACAUCCUCGUCGCGGCCCGGAGAGCAAAGCGGAUAGCAAAGGUGAAGGCACACUUGGCGGAGAAGUUCGACGCGCACGACUUGAGGGAGGCGACGUACUUCCUCGGGAUGGGGUUGACGCGCGAUCGGGAGGGGCACACUCUAAAGCUGACGCAGCAGAAGCUAUAA